GAAGUAGUUCACAUUCUGAAAACUAAAAAACAAACAGCACCCCUGCCUCUGCCUCUGUCAUCGCCCAGCUGCCCCUCACCGCCGUCCGCCGGCUCCGGCCAGUUCUCUCAAGCUCUCACACACACUCUCACUCACUCAGUCACUCUCUCAAUCUCUCAUUCAGUACCUUGCACACUAGAAAGCUGAAACUUCUGUCUCAUCGAGUGUCACCUCCUAUUAUCAAUCAUGCAGCAGGCUGGUGGUGGCUCUGAAACUGAAGUGACAUGGGAGGAUCAGCAGAACAUCAACAAAUUUGGGAGAUUGAACAACCGAUAUCAUGAACUUGAAGAUGAAAUAAGGAUUGCCAAGGAAGCGAAUGAGAACUUUGAGGAUGCAAGCAACGAAUUGAUUCUAACGGAUGAGGAGGUAGUGAGGUUCCAGAUAGGGGAGGUUUUCGCUCAUGUACCCAAAGAUGAAGUGGAGAUGAGGAUAGAACAAAUGACAGAGACGACGACCAAGCAUUUGGAGAAACUCAAGGACGAGAAGGAUGCGGUGGUUGCCCAAAUGGCCGAUUUGAAAAAGGUUUUAUAUGCCAAGUUCAAGGACUCCAUCAACCUUGAAGAAGAUUGAUUGGUAUUAUCCCAUUGCUCAAUCUUGUUACCAGUACCAACCAUCUUCACUUGCUUGGUUUUUUCUUUUAUGGUACUUGAUUACUUGCUACAAGUUUGGUUAUAUUGUUUGAAAUGUGAUGAAUUAUGAGAACAUGUUAUGUAGGUCAUGUCUGGGUAACUUUAUGCUACUUUAUUGAAAAAGUUUUCGUUAGGC